UUGUUUUUUACAUACGAAGGUAACGUUAAGUUUUCAGAAAUUUUGGUAAGUAUAUAUAAGCCUUUUCUUGAAGGUUUGUUUAUUUAACUUUUUCUGGACUCGGAAAGCAUGAACUGCUUUCCGUGUUGUGGCCCUCAAAAAAACAAGCAAAGUAAUAGUAAGAGGGAGCAUGGUUCUACAACACAACAGGAAGUUCCUUCUGCGUCAAAAGCACCCGACAUGAAGAAACAAAGGGGAGAUGAAGGAGACGCGACGAAUAUUAACGCGCAAAAUUACACUUUUCGUGAGUUAGCGACAGCGACAAAGAAUUUCCGACAGGAAUGUCUUCUUGGUGAAGGAGGCUAUGGAAGAGUCUAUAAAGGGGUUAUUCCUGCAACUGGGCAGGCCGUGGCCGUGAAGCAACUCGACAGACAUGGGACAGAAAACAGCAAGGAUUUUCUGUAUGAAGUUUCUCUGCUGAGUCAUGUUAAUCAUGAAAAUCUUGUUAAACUCAUUGGUUAUUGCGCCGAUGGCGAGCAACGUCUUUUGGUAUAUGAAUACUAUCCUGCCUCUACUCUUGAAGACCGUCUUCUUGGGAAUAAAACGGAUGAACCGCCGUUGAAUUGGUUUGACAGAAUGAAAGUAGCAGCAGGUGCAUCUAAAGGACUAGAAUACUUGCAUGAUAAUGCCAAUCCACCAGUUAUAUUCCGUGACUUGAAAACAUGCAACAUCUUGUUGGGGAAUGAAUCUAAUAAUCUUAAUAAUGCAAAACUAUCUGAUUUUGGAUUGGCCAAGCUUUGUGGUGCAGACAAGAUGAACAAUGCACCUCCAAGAGUUAUGGGUACAUAUGGUUAUUGUGCUCCUGAAUAUACAAGAACAGGUCAAGUUUCCAUGAAAUCAGAUGUAUACAGUUUUGGAGUUGUCUUGCUUGAGCUUAUCACUGGUCGACGUGCCGUUGAUACCACAAAGCCUAACGAUGAGCAAAAUCUAGUUUCAUGGGCACAACCCUUAUUUAGGGACCCGAAAAAGUAUCCAGAUAUGGCGGAUCCACUUCUCAAUAAACAUUUUCCAGAAAAGGAUCUUAAUCAAGCAGUUGCGAUAGCCGCAAUGUGCUUACAGGAGGAGCCAGAAGCCCGUCCUUUGAUAGGUGACGUUGUAACCGCUCUGAGUUUUCUAUCGACGGCUCCAACGGAACCUUUUCCACCGCCCUCGCUUCCCGCUGCCACCUCGGUCUCAAGGCAUAGUACUGCUACUGAAAGCGAAUAUAGUGAGAGUGAAUCAGAAGAAGAAACUUCAGAUGAUGAAGGCACUGACAAUGAAUAUGACAGUAGUGCUCAAAAUCACGGUGCAGCAAGUGCAAAACAUAAAGAAAAUGAUGUUUCAAGCCAAUCUAAGAAAAGGGCAACUUCGAAGAAAUCGAGCCGAAAAAGCAGCACAAGAUCAAGGAAUGAAACUACUAGUGCAGAUGCAGCAGGGGGAAAUGCUUCUUCCAGUGGCAAAAGCAGUAAAAAAUGGAAAAGCUUUGUUGGUAAUUUAAGCCACAAGUCAAACAGCUCAAAAAAAUCUUCUAUCAAAGAAAUAAGCCAGAAGAGCAGCAAAAAAAAUUCAACCAAAGAACCAAGCCAAAAAAGCAGUAGAAAAUCUUCCACCAAAGGAAAAUCAUCUGGUAAAGUUUCGAGUCGCGCGGAAUCGGAAGAUAGAAGCAUGAUUUCGUCUCAUAGAACUGCCUCAAGCCAAUAUACAGGCAGCAGUAUGUCUGAUCGUAGCAGCAGCAGAGGAAGUGGCAGUAUUCGCUCGGAUACUAACGGUAGCAGAAGGACAGAAGAGAGCAUGCGUUUAGCCAUGGAAUCUGGUGAUGAGGGAACCGGUCCUCCUUUCGAUCGUACUGGUAGCAGUGAAUCAGAUCGGCGAUGAGGAGUAUAAAGUGUUUUACGUUUAUGAUCAAGCAUUGGUUGCUACUUGCAAUGUUAAAGAACAGGCAUGGACAUACUUUGACAUGGUGCUUUGCAUUUUGCUGCUGAGUCAUGCAGCAGAAGUGUCACCAGUUAACCAAUAUGCGGAAUUUCUUAUAGAAACUCAAACUUGAAAAUUCAAGUAUCCUUUAAAUGUAUUGUUUUGUUUAGUAGGAUUCAUAUGUAUAAUUACUUUAUUCACCUUUGGUUCAAGGACAAGAGUGAAAAACAACUGUGAAUUUUCGUAGGGCAACAACUGUUGCCAAUAUUGGAAGAACGAUGCUUCUUGUUUUGUAUUUCUGGUCUUGCUAACCUGCAUCUAAUGUAUUGAUCAUUUAAAAAUGUUGCAUAUUUUAAUAAAUUACUUAACAUUUUUCUCGUA